GCGCACCACAUUCCAACAACCCCUACAUUCUGCUAUUUCCGACUCGCCACCAGCCUGGUGCGCACAGCAAGAGCCCGGGCCAACAUGCAUUCAUUAAAUCUGGAACCGCUGGUUCCUCACAGUUGUGACGGUUGGCAGGUCAGUUCUUCUGCCCAUUGGCCGACAUGUGAGCCGUGCUGCAGGUGAGUCCCACGUCUCAGCCUUUGACAACGAAGAGGCGCAGCUGCAGGUUGCCGAACCGGUCAGCGCGGACGAGGGCGGUUGUCCAUUUUUUAAAUGAUCAGAAGAGGCUGGACUUUCUUCUCGCCUUCAUAAAUGAGCCAUAGUCUUCCAACCCCCCCGGAAAAUUGAGGUGCUGGAAAACUUUCUUUAGUUAAGCCAACUGGAAUGUCCAGGGUGACUGAACACUUCUUCACCAUACUCAGUCCAAACUCUUGAGAAGUUCCGACUAUCUGUUAACUAUUUAGAAUCCCAACGAACGGACCGCUGCCAGCUAGCAACAUUGAACAUUGAACAAGCCCUCAUCACCCUUUUCCAAUCAUCAAAUCCAGAUUUACAUCACCCAGCACUUUCCUUCUUUCUUUCUUUCCUUCCUACCUCUAAGUACUUACCAACCUGAGACCAUGCCGUCCAUCGCCCUGCUGUUCGCCGACCCCUCGCCCAUGCUCGCCCGCGGCAUAGCAGACAUAUUCCACAGCUGCUGCAGCGUGCCCGACGCCGGCCAGCCGCUCGCAGAGUACUGGGCCAACUUCACGGCCUGGCUGUCCCAACCACAUAUUCUUGCCGUCGUUAUAGCUUGGGCUGUCACAUUCACGUUGACCUGCACAAUCAUCAUGUGCCUCGGCUUCGGCCCUGUCGGGAUCAUUGCAGGAUCCGCUGCGGCUGCUUUCCAGUCUUUCAUGUAUGGCGGCUUCACGCCUGCAGGGGGUCUCUUUGCUACACUGACGAGCAUGGCCAUGGUAGGCACGCUCAUGCCGUGGCUCGCGGCCAUUGCGUCGGUACUGGCGACUUUUGUGUCGGCCAUGGUCUGGGUCUAUGGGGUGGGGAGAUAGGGUGUGUACUUAUUAAGAGACCCGAUGCGAAGAAGACGUGAUGGCAAGAUCGGACAAGACAUGGCUGCGUUGAUGGUUUUUCCUCUCUUUCUUUCUGUUCUGACCAACGAGGACUCUGUGGCAGGAACUGGUUGCAUUCCAGAGGGGUGCAGGGACACAGAGUACCACCAAGGCCAUCAAACUACUCGGAGCCUUCAAAGUGAAUCAUCCUCCUCCUCCAAGAUCGUGC